GUCUUUUUUCAGGUCAAUGGGUCUUCCAAUCCGAACAUCUUCCAGUUUAUUGUAAAAUUGUAGCUGUUAUAAUACAGGCGCUAUUGCGUAGAGUGAGCAGACACUGAUGAUUUUCAACGAGAAGGUGUAAACCGUUUUUAUUAACGAAAAGUAGCGUAAAUCUGCCGUUGGAUUCGUGUUGCACCGGACGAAGGCUUUCCAUAUCAUGGAUACAUUGAUGGUUAAUGGUAUGAAUUUGCAAACACAGUUAAAUUCGGUCAUGGAUGUGCUGGCCAAAACGGCUGUUGCUGAAAUCGGCAAACUCAUCAACGAGUGUGCGAUGAUUUUACGCCUGGAAAUAUCCCAGCGCACCAACGAGAACGACUCCCUGAGAAAGAGGUGUGAAUUGUUGGAGAACCAAUUGAGAGCUGUGCGGAGCAAUGGCGGUGGAGGGGGUGUCCAAGGGACUGGAACGCAGAAGACCCCAGUCACCAGUGCAUCGGAUGGGGUAGAAUUCUUUGGCGAAGUCAGAGCCAUGGCAGGUGUGCAUCAACCAUCCAUAGAUAGUGUCUUCGGCAAGGAGUGGUGCAUGGAUUUAUGGAAAGAUGCUGAAACGGGUCAACUGGACAAGCGUGACUCACAGCUGGAUGCUGCCAUUCUACAUGAUGAGUCAAUAGACUUGGUGGACGACGAACCAGAGAUGAUUUUAAUCAAAGAGGAGACAUUUGAGGAUUGCCAAAGAGAGAGUAACCUUCAUAAUGUCCCAAGGAACAAUAAAAGACCUCCUGUAUCCUGUAAAGAUGUUGGCCCGAGGGCCUUAGGUGCAUCUCAACAUUGUGAGGGAGACUUUAUGACUUACGCUGUACCUUCGGAUGACCAGGAGCAGCCCAACAUGCUCUUCCGACCUCCCAGAAAUCCUCACGAGAACUCUAACGCUGCUGGAGAUGCAACGGACUCUCCGCUCGGAUCGGACGAUUACCCCGGGUUCUAUCCUGGCAACAGUAACUUAGGCAACGGCAACUUCAGCACCACUCAGAACCAAAGGGGAAGCAACGGGGACAAAAAAUUCAGCUGCAUGUUCUGCGGCAAAAGUUUUAACUACUUGAGCUACCUCAAGGUUCACGUGCGGCGGCAUUCGGGCGAGAAGCCGUUUGGCUGCAACGUGUGUGGCAAACGCUUUGCGCAGAAGACGUACCUCAAAUUGCACGAGCGCACCCACUCGGGCGAGAAGCCCUACACGUGCAUGGAGUGCGGCAAGAGCUUCUCACAGAAGAGCUCCUUAAACGUCCACCUGCGCAGUCACACCGGGGAAAAGCCGUACAGUUGCCUGGAAUGUGGAAAGAGCUACGCUUAUAAACAUGGUUUUAAUACCCAUCAGUGCAUUGGCUAGGAGACUAUGCAGGGCAAGUUGUGGCAUUUGAGAACAAGCUAAUUAUUAAGUGUGUUACAUCAACACCUCACAAUUAUAUCCCACAGAAUCUCAGGGUCUGUUAUAGCAACCUGGGGAUGUAAAAGGGACUGCAGUUUGUUGCUUUUACAGGCUACAAACUGCACAGUAUUUAACACUAGUUAGAUGUGUACUCUGAAGAAGUGAGGUUACGAAAUAUCCUCUGGUUCCACUGUCCCACUGGAGCCAAGGCUUCAGGUCAGGUGGACAGCACCCACUUGAUGUACAACCACAUCAGUGUUACAGUGCUAGUAGAAGUGCAUGUGCAUCACAAUUGAAUAGGUCUUGUUGCUAAUUUUCUGGUGUUCAGGUUUGAAUUUGAUGUGUCACAUUAUAUGUUACUAAAAGGAAAAAAAGGCAUUCAGAGAAUAAUUCUGUACACUAACUGCCUUAAAUUCAUUGGAAUGGAAUUGGUUCUUUGGAAUCCUUCAACUGGAUAAGUUACAAAGUUGAGGCAUUAAGGAGGUGCUCUGUCGCUAUGGAUAUGAUAACCCAGGAGCACAUGCCAAUGAAAUUCAGUUUCAGUACUACUGCAGGAUGAAAAUAUUUGGUAUAUGAAGUCAGUACAUAUAGGCUAUAUAUGUUGAAUGCCACGUGGAAACACCUUCACUAUAUUACAGUUUCCUGGGGCCAAAAAUCUGUUGUUUUUCAGAGGUUU